AUGACAUUUAUAAGUAAGUGUUUUUCAAGAACCUCCACUGGAGGCUUGUCUGGUAAUAAUUUAAGGUUGGCGGUAACAAUCACUGCGGUUAUAGGAUUUUCACUUUUUGGAUAUGAUCAGGGUCUCCUAGCUGGUUUAAUUAAUGGAGAAAAGUUUAAUGAAGAGUUUCCUGCGACGUUAGAAAAAAAUGAGAACGAUAGACAUUCAACAGUAAUACAAGGUGCGGUAACUUCUUGCUAUGAAAUUGGAUGCUUCUUUGGAUCGUUGUUUGUCAUGAUAUGGGGAGAAAGAAUUGGAAGAAAGCCGCUAAUUAUCUUCGGAUCUUUGUUAACGAUUGUAGGUGCCAUUAUUUCUACCUCGGCUGUACGUGACCAUUGGGGACUAGGUCAGUUUGUGGUUGGUAGAGUUAUAACCGGCCUUGGCACUGGUUUAGAUACCUCGACUAUUCCGGUGUGGCAGUCGGAGAUGUCGAAACCUGAAAACAGGGGACUGUUGGUUAAUUUUGAGGGAUCUGUCAUUGCACUUGGAACAAUGAUUGCAUACUGGAUUGACUUUGGUUUAUCGUACGUCGAUUCUAGCUUCCAAUGGAGAUUUCCUGUCGGUAUGCAAAUAGCAUUUGCAAUUUUGCUGUUUAUUUGUAUUAUCCAAUUACCAGAAUCUCCACGUUGGUUACUAUCACAUGGGAGAAGAGAGGAAUCUAAAGAUAUUUUGAGUAAUCUAGAUAAUGUAGCUCCUGAUGAUGACUAUAUUGUAGCAGAAUUAGCGGCUAUGGAAGAUGCUAUAAAUAGAAAGGAGUUUGAAAAUAAAUCUUUCGCAGCUGCCCUAACUAAUGGUAAGGGACAAAAUCUUCAAAGAACACUGAUUGCAUGUUCGGCACAAUUUUUUCAACAGUUUACCGGUUGUAAUGCUGCAAUUUACUACUCUACUGUACUAUUCAAUAAGACUAUUAAGUUGGAUCACCGUCUUUCGUUAAUUUUAGGAGGUGUAUUUUCUACCGUCUAUACUUUAUCUACAAUUCCUUCUUUCUUUUUGAUAGAAAGCUUUGGCAGAAGAAAGUUAUUUCUAGUCGGAGCUCUUGGACAAGGUAUCUCUUUUCUCAUCACCUUUGCAUGUUUGAUUAAUGAUACUAAGGAAAAUGCAAAAGGUGCAGCGGUUGGGUUAUUCUUAUUUAUUUGUUUCUUUGGUAUGACUAUUUUGUCUCUUCCAUGGAUAUAUGCACCAGAAAUCGCCUCUACAAGGGUCCGUUCGAUGACAAAUGCAAUGUCAACCUGCACCAAUUGGCUCUGUAACUUUGCUGUAGUUAUGUUCACGCCUAUUUUUAUCCAACAAUCCAGAUGGGGAUGCUACCUAUUUUUUGCCAUUAUGAACUUCCUGUAUAUUCCUGUUAUCUAUUUCUACUAUCCUGAGACUGCAGGUAGGACCCUCGAAGAGAUUGAUAUCAUCUAUGCUAAGUCCCACGUCGAUGGUACUCAAGCCUGGAAAGUAGCAGAUGCCUUACCUAAACUGACUUUAGAGGAAAUUGAGCAAUAUGGUAAUUACUUUGGUUUUUCCCAGAGCUCAUCAUCGUCUCCUAAUGAUAUGGAGACCAGCAAAGAGAGAUUUAAUCAUAUCGAAAGGACUAUUUCUGGUGCAAAUGGAGACUCGCCCAGUUAUGAGUGA